AUGCUCCUAUCCAACGUGGGUCUCUCUGAUCAUCCUUCCCGUUUGAGUAUUUCAGUGAAGUGUCCUUUGAGUUGUAACACCUUUAAAAGGACUAGACCCUCGGUCACGACACUUGAGAAACGUGUUGUGUCGGGUAUUAUACUCAUCGCCGACGACGUGGCGGGACUUAUAUUCAAACCCAUAUACGGCUACAUCGCUAACCACGUGCAUCGGCCCCGUCUUAUAGCCUAUUCGUGUCUGUUAACGGGAAUGGGAUGUUAUUUGGCUGCCUUUCCCUACUUUAUAUAUGGGCCGGCGGUGCACCUAUUGGGCGCCUCCAUCAACACUAAUAAGUCUAAUCUUGAGUUUUGUGAAAGUAAUCGGACUAUUGAUGAGGAUUGUGACAGAAUAGAGCAGUCGAGCUAUAGUUUCCUACCCGUGCUCUUCCCAUUCAUUUCCAUGUUUCUCAAUGGCAUCGGAGAGUCAUCUGUUUAUUAUGUAGGGAUACCGUUCCUCGAUGACAGUGUCGAUAAAAAGAGUUCACCCAUGUAUAUAAGUCUGUCCGCAAUGGAAACUGGCAAUACUGAUGAGAGAGACCCACGUUGGGUAGGAGCAUGGUGGCUAGGAUUCGUACUAUUGGGCACUCUCAUAUGCAUAUGCUCUCUACCAAUGCUACUUUUCCCUGCUGAGUUUAAGAAUAAAUCUGUGGUUAAUUCGGAAACCAAUAAGAAAUCCCAAUUUACUACUAAAACACACAACAAACAAGAAUUAAGUUUAAAUAAACGUCUGUUACGUUUAGCUAAGAAUCCCAUUUACGUGUCGUACACAUUGAGCACUUUAUUCCGUGUAUUUGGAGUUAUGGGAUAUUACACAUUCAAACCCAAGUACCUUGAGUCUAUGUAUAAAAAGUCUGCCUCAACCGCUAACCUAUUGUCCGGUAUUGUGGGCACUAUACCAGCCGCAAUAGGGUUAUUACUAGGGGGAGCAUAUCUAACAUUUCUACAGCCGGGUCCCCGACAGUUGACAUCGUUUAUUACAAUCGUUGAAAUCCUGGGCACAAUGGGCUACGUGUCCGCCUUUUUUCUAGGCUGUCCGCCCACACUAUUCGCCCCACUUAUUACGGAUAACGCCAAUGAUAUUAAUUUGGGCUCACAAUCGAUGUGCAAUGUAAACUGUUCCUGCUCACAUAAGUUCCAACCAAUCUGCGGACCCGACAACUAUACGACAUACUUCUCUCCCUGUUAUGCCGGUUGUGAUCCGCGAUCUCUUGCAUCCAUUAAUGGCACAAAUUGUAUUGAUGGCAUUGGGAUGUCUGGGAUGUCUGGGAUGUCUGGGAUGGUUAAUCACACGGGGAUAACAGGAAUGGCAACCGAAGGCUUUUGUAAUUCUGAUUGUGGCAACAAUUUUGAGAUACUUAUAAUCCUGAUGGCUAUAGCUGGUAUAUUGGGUCGUCCCGCUAUGGCCGGUAAUGUGAUCAUAUCAUUCAGAAUAGUGGAUGAGGAAGAUAAAAGUCUGGCCAUGGCAUUCAUACCGUACCCGCUGGUGUAUGGGUGGGUAACUAACACGGCGUGCGAGGUAUGGGAGACCAAGUGCGGCAAAACGGGUAAUUGUCUGGUGUAUGACGUGGAUAAGUUUCGCUAUAGACUGAUCGGGUUAACUCUGGGCUUGUAUUUCGUGGCCUCAAUAUUCGACAUAAUAGUGGUAUUCCUAUCGCACAGAAUCAAAAACCUAUACAACGAUGACGAGGAUGAGACAGACCAUCAUAUUAACGAACUAUCAAAUGAUCACAAGAAAUAA